GUUCCAGCAGGAUGGAUGGAUGAACGUAUAGUAAACAUGCAGAACUCAGAAGCAGCGUCAGACCCCCCCACUGGUGUGGCAACACUACGGACAUCAUCAUCAGCCCAGGCUCCUGUGGUACAGCCUGUCCCAGCCUCCCAGCAGAGGGUGCUGGUUCAAGCCACAGGCUCAGCUCAGAAAGGAGGACAAGUAUCAGUAUCCAGGGUCCCCCAGCAGCAGGUGCAACAUGUCUACCCAACUCAAGUACAAUAUGUAGGAGAAAGCGGAGAAGCAGUUUAUACCAACGGAACUAUCCGAACGGCCUACUCCUACAACCCGGACUCCCAGCUGUACGGACAGGGCAGCGGGGGCGCCUACUUUGACUCUCAGGCUGGAGGAACCCACGUCACCACGGUGGUGUCCUCCGCCAGCAGUGGCGUGCCGCCUCACGGCAUGGUGGGCAUCGCCAUGGACGUGGGCAGCAGCCACAUCAUUUCCAGUGGCAGCACCUACCUGCUGCACAGCGGCGGCAUGGAGGGGAACCGCAACCACAUCUCACACUCGUCUCGCUCCUCCUCAGCCAUGCUUGAAAUGGCGAUUGAAAACCUCCAAAAGUCUGAAGGAAUUGCAAGUCACAAAAGCAGCCUGCUCAACAGCCAUCUUCAGUGGCUGCUGGACAACUACGAGACGGCGGAGGGAGUGAGCCUGCCCCGGUGUUCCCUCUACAACCAUUACCUCAGGCACUGCCAGGAGCAGAAACUGGAUCCGGUUAACGCAGCGUCCUUCGGGAAGCUCAUCCGCUCCGUCUUUAUGGGUCUAAGGACGCGGCGCCUCGGCACCAGAGGCAACUCCAAGUACCAUUACUACGGCAUCCGGGUGAAACCAGAUUCUCCCCUGAACCGGCUGCAGGAGGACACCCAGUACAUGGCGAUGCGGCAGCAGCCUGUCCACCAGAAACAGAGGUUUAAGCCUCUGCAGAAGGUGGAUAGCAUGUCUGACAGUCUGUGUGGAAGCUCUCAGCACUGCAGCAGCACCCAAGAGCAGUCGGUGGCCGCUCAAACCCAGCAGCACCAGCAGUACAUCGACACGUCUCACUCCUUACCUCCGUUUCCUUCUCCGGACCUGGGCACGCAGCCUCUUCCUGAGCGCAUCAGCAUGACUGAUAUUAAGAAGUUGCAGACGCUCUACAGAAGCCACUGUGAGGCUACUUUGGAUGUGGUGAUGAAUCUGCAGUUCCACUAUGUGGAGAAUUUCUGGCAGAACUUUUGGAAUGCAGCAGCGCCAUCUAGUGACGGCAGCACAACCAUCCCCAGCAGUGAUGAUGACCUGGAGCGAGUGAUUCCCAGGGAGAAGCUGGUAUCUCUGUGCAAAUAUGAACCGGUCCGGCUAUGGAUGAGGAGCUGCGACCACAUCCUGUACCAGGCCCUGGUGGAGAUCCUCAUCCCCGACGUGCUGCGCCCCGUUCCCAGCACUCUCACUCAGGCCAUCAGAAACUUCGCCAAGAGUCUGGAGGGCUGGCUGACGACCGCCAUGACCAGCUUCCCACAAGAGAUUGUUCGCACCAAGGUGGCCGUGGUCAGUGCGUUCGCUCAGACUCUGAGGCGUUACACCAGUCUGAACCACCUGGCCCAGGCGGCCCGCGCCGUCCUGCAGAACACCUCCCAG